AAUCUCCUGAAUCCCCUCCGCUUUAACGCCCCCACCACCACGGUCCGGUUGGUCUCGUACCCGGCUUCAGGGUUCAGUCUUCAGUUCAACGUUGGCUUCCUUGUCGUCACUUCCAAUGACGGUUAUCUGUUUAUUUUGAUUUUUUCGUUCUUGUUCUGUUUGAUUUCGUAUUAUUUCACGUACAACACGUCUCUGGCGCUCUUAAGUGAUGAUUUCACCACGAAUGAAUAAAACACAGAUUGUGAGAUUUCUCCGUUUCUGGCGAACGUUGACAUCGGGGUUAUAAGCAAGGUAUACUACUGAUGACUUGAAGAAAGAACAUUUUUUCCAACUUAUUUUUAAACCGUAUUCUUCACAUCAUUGUAAAACCAACUUCAAUUUCGUACAGCUUCGUUCUUGUCUUGUGCUGGAAAGAUUACGUCGUCAAUACAAAGGAGAAGUAUACCUUUCUGAAUCAUAUAUUGAAAGACUAAUUUAUGAAUUGUUCGAAUGGCGUUUUUAAAAAUUCGUAUUGUACAUUGUAUGUUAUAAAUGAGGUGUAUUUACGACUAUUUUUAUCCACAGGUACAUGGAAAUAUCCAUUUUUGAGGGCAAGCGUCGACAAUUUUUUGCCCUAAAAAGGAUUUACAUUUGAAUGGCUCAUGGCACAUUUUACACAUUACCAAACUGGAAUGGUUCAUCCUCCAGGUGCAAUCAUAUUUUUGUGCCUACUGUUUCUAGGUUUCUGCUCUGGUUGCGCCAAAAUUGAAACUUGUUACCGAGACUAUAACUUAGGCCUUGAAGCUGCUGGUAUUACCGUGAAUGAAUCGAGUCCUACAUUUUGUGCUGAGCUCAAAGCAUACAGUAAUUGCUUAAGGAAAGCACUAAAAGAAUGCCGAGGAAAUUUAUCAUACCACACGUCAACUACUUACAUUGAUCUGUUUAUGAAGAGAUUCAAAUGUUCACAGUAUGUCCACCUUUCAGUGCCGACCAAGAGGCUGUCUACUACAAGACAAAAGCCACCGUUGGUCUGCACAUACACACCUAGUGGACCGAUGAGUUACCAGCAUUGUGGAUUUUUUGGUGAUCCCCAUUUGAAAACAUUUUCUGGAAAUUAUGAAACAUGCAGAACUCUGGGUGCAUGGCCACUUAUAGUCAACAAAUACCUAGCUGUCCAAGUAACAAACUUGCAUGUUGUCAACUCUUCUAAUGCCUCAGCAAUUAUGAAACUUACUGUCAUCAUAAAACAAAUGGGAAACUGUGCCUUAGAGAAGACGUACGAGGCCACAGCAGAUGCUCCUUUAAAGCCGUAUUUUAUAGACGGAUCGUCUAAAGCUGGCCCAGAAGGUAGUGUCACAAUAAAAGCUACCAAAUCUGAUGGAAAUGAAAAAAUCAAGAUUUACAUAAGAUACAUUGAUGCGACUUUGAUUCUAAGAAGAGUUGGUGAUUACCUAGCAUUUUCAAGCAGAAUGCCAAAGGAGAUUGUAGAUCUAAGUGAGGAGGAAGGAUUCGACCUAUGUCGAAAGGGUUGCCCUAGCAAUGAAUUGCUCAAUAUCAAGACAAGUAUUAAACACUCAUCACUCUGGGAAAGUGCAUAUGCCAACUGUACAAAUAAUGGCGGUGCCGAAGAAGGGACUGGCAAUGCCGAUAUUAAGAAUACAUUAACUGAUUACUAUCUAGAUUGGUGUAUUUUUGACGUGAUGACAAGUGGGGAGAACAUAUUUGUCGCUGCUGCUCAUUCUGCGCAGGCAGAUGUAUUAGAGUUAGAUCCUGGUUCUCUCAACAACCGAACUGUUCCAUUGUGGCUUAAAAAAUCUGAUACACCUAAUGGAGGGAGUACAUUAUUGUUUUUAAAUUCUUACAGUUUAAUAUUAAUAUUUUAUUUUGUAAUGGAAGUUAUUAAUCGGUGAGAAAUGGAUUCUUUAAAAAUCUCAUUUAACUUUGCUGCGUUGUGAUAUGUACAGUGUCUCUAAAUUAUUCUACUGUUGUAAUAAAUUUUGAAUUUAA